AUGGAUGGCGACGCUCCUGCUGGUCCUGAAGAGUCUGCUCCUGAUGAACCCAAAAGUGUAAAGGCCAGAGGUGGACGACUAUCAUCCCUUACAGAUCGGCUGCGGGCACGUCCUCCGAUACGACUUAUUCCACUAAUACCAGUCUUUGCUUUCAAGCCACGUUCCGAUCCAAGUCCUUCGACCCAUGAUCCGCAAACAGGCCUGCUGUUGGCGACAUCUUUUGAAGUACAUGACUUGUCUUUGCGCGAAUGUCUUCAAGGACUGAUGAAAGAUAAUUGUCGUUUUCCUGUUGUUGCUUUCCUUUUGUUAAUUCAUCUUCUUGCUUCUGAUCUUGUUGUGGGUGAUUUGAGUGGGGAUUGGAUAGACCCCACAUCGACACUGAGGGUACCGGAGACUAGAGUAGGUGAAGACGGUCGAGAAGGUUGCUGCCGUGAUUUAGUUGCCAAAGAGUGUAUGCUUGGUGAAUCGUGUGGAGAAUGUAUAGGUGAACUAGCUCCGUUUGGCAAUCGAGAGGACGACCGUGGUGGAAUGACUGGUGUAGUGGCAGUCGUAUUGACUGUAAGUAACUCUGGAUGCGGUGCUGGUGGAGAUGAUAUGACCUGUCGUCGUCUAGCAGCGAUGGUUUGA